UUUUGAUCUCAGAAAAAUAAGAAUAAGAGGAAGAAGAAGAUGAACGUGGAUCUGGAAUCCUUAGCAGAGGCCACUUCUGGAGCCAUAGGAUCACUGCUCAGCACAACCAUCCUCUACCCACUUGAUACCUGCAAGACCAAGUAUCAGGCCGAGGCUCGUUCCCAUGGUAACCGAAAGUACAGGAGUCUCUCUGAUGUGUUGUGGGAGGCAAUAUCUACCCGUCAGGUGCUUUCACUUUACCAAGGCCUUGGAACAAAGAAUCUUCAAUCCUUCAUUUCACAGUUUGUCUACUUCUAUGGCUACAGCUACUUUAAAAGAAUGUAUCUGGAAAAAAGUGGUUAUAAAUCCAUUGGUACAAGAGCAAACUUGGUAAUUGCUGCUGCUGCUGGGGCUUGCACAGCCAUUUUGACUCAGCCCCUGGAUACAGCCUCUUCAAGGAUGCAGACAAGUGCCUUUGGAAAGUCUAAAGGGCUCUUGAAAACCCUUACUGAAGGCAACUGGAGUGAUGCAUUUGAUGGCCUCAGCAUUUCCUUGCUGCUUACCUCGAACCCUGCAAUUCAGUAUACGGUGUUUGAUCAACUGAAACAUAAAGUACUGAAGAAUAAACAAGACAAAGCUGGUAAAGGAGUAUCUCCGGCAUCUCUUUCUGCAUUUAUGGCCUUUCUUUUAGGUGCAAUUUCAAAGAGUAUUGCUACCUGUCUAACAUAUCCCGCUAUCAGAUGCAAGGUCAUCAUUCAAGCUGCAGACUCAGAUGAUGCAACCUCCAAAACACGGAUAAAAUCACAGAAAACGGUGCCUGCAGUACUCUAUGGAAUAUGGAAAAGGGAGGGCAUACUGGGAUUUUUUAAAGGAUUGCAUGCUCAGAUCUUAAAAACUGUUUUGAGCUCAGCACUGCUCUUAAUGAUCAAGGAAAAGAUCUCUGCUUCUACUUGGGUGCUUAUACUUGCAGUUAGAAGGUAUCUAUUACUCCCAAGGGGUAGCAUUAAAAACAUGUAAGUUAUAGUAGCAGUUAUUGGAGGAAGAAGCUUCAAUCUGUUGUGGAUAGUGGAUUUGGUUGGAGUUCAAUGUGUGCAUUUUAACGGAUACACCCAUUUCUUCAGAGCUGAGACGAGGUUGUUUUUGUGGCUUCAUUGUCCUCUUCCCAUGGUUUAUUGAUAUAGAACAACUAUUCCAUGAAUUUAUGCAAAAGACUGAUAGAGCAAAGCAAGGAAGAAAGUCUUAACAAUAAAAUGCAUUUUUAGUUUUGGUUUGUUAUAUUUCUUGUUUUAAAUAACGACCUUCAUUACUUUUAUUUGGAGUUGCUUCUUUUAUAUCUUGUGGAAGUCCCACAACAGAAGGGUGUCAGUUUAGGAGUAGCCUAGGAGCUUUAUGAAUAAGCACCCUCUUUUAUGUAUGUAGCCUCUUAAUCAUCGGAUUGACAAAGUUUUUGUCAUUUCCUAAUUUUUUGGUGUGAUUGAUAU